UUUUUAGGUUCUUCACAUCAGCAAGUGGCAAUCCCACACAAGCCAAAAGCUGAAGCAGCCGCCGUACUCUUCGUCUUCCAUCAACAAACUCCGAAAAUCUCUCUAAGAACUGUCCGCCAUUGAUACACAGUCGCAGAAGCUCCCAGCCAAUGUCAUCAUCAUCAUCAGUUUCCCCAGCAAUGGAGUCCUUGGUUCUGCAACUUCACGAAAUCUCCGCUGUUAAGUUCGGCAACUUCAAGCUCAAGUCCGGUAUAUACUCUCCUAUAUACAUUGAUCUUCGUGUUAUUGUCUCAUAUCCUUCACUCCUCUCCCAAAUCUCCAAAACCCUAAUCUCUUCUCUCCCCUCAUCCACCUCCUACGACCUCGUUUGCGGUGUUCCUUACACCGCCCUUCCUAUUGCAACUUGCAUCUCCGUUUCUAACCAUGUUCCCAUGGUUAUGCGUCGCAAGGAGAUCAAGGAUUACGGCACUGCAAAAGCGAUCGAAGGUCAUUACCAAGCGGAUCAAAUAUGUUUGAUUAUUGAGGAUUUGGUGACGAGCGGUGCUUCGGUUUUGGAAACUGCUGCGCCGCUGCGAGCGGCGGGGCUGAAGGUGAGUGAUGCGGUUGUUUUGCUUGAUAGAGAGCAGGGCGGACGGGAGAAUUUGGAGGAGAAUGGGAUUAAAUUGCAUUCGAUGAUUAAGUUGAGCGAGAUGGUGAGGAUUUUGAAGGAGAAAGGAAAGGUUGGAGAAGAAAUGGAAGGGCUGGUGGCGAGAUUCUUGGAGGAGAAUCGGAAGGUUGCGGUGCCGAAAAUUGAGAAGCCUGUUAAAGUUAAGGCCAUUUCCUUUCAAGAAAGAGUGAAGUUAGCGAAGAAUCCAAUGGGAAAGAGGCUGUUCGAGGUGAUGAUCGAGAAGGAAAGCAAUUUGUGUGUAGCGGCCGAUGUUGGCACCGCCUCGGAGCUGCUCGACAUCGCCGAGAAAGUUGGUCCAGAGAUUUGCUUACUGAAAACUCACGUGGAUAUACUGCCAGAUUUCACCCCAGACUUCGGUUCAAAACUUCGCUCGAUUGCUGAGAAACACAACUUCUUAAUCUUUGAAGAUCGCAAGUUUGCAGACAUUGGAAAUACAGUGACAAUGCAGUAUGAAGGGGGUAUUUUUCAUAUACUAGACUGGGCAGAUAUGGUCAAUGCUCACAUUAUCUCUGGUCCUGGAAUUGUAAAUGGAUUGAAAUUAAAGGGGCUGCCUCGAGGUAGGGGUCUUUUACUGCUGGCUGAAAUGAGCUCAGCUGGAAAUCUUGCCACGGGAGACUAUACAUCUGCAGCCGUUAAAAUUGCAGAAGAACAUUCUGAUUUCGUCAUCGGCUUCAUUUCGGUUAAUCCAGCAUCCUGGCCAGGUGCGCCUAGAAAUCCAACAUUCAUUCAUGCCACCCCUGGAGUCCAAAUGGUUAAGGGUGGAGACAAUCUUGGACAGCAAUACAAUACACCCUAUUCUGUUGUAUACGACAGAGGAAGUGAUAUCAUAAUUGUGGGGCGUGGGAUAAUAAAGGCAGAAAAUCCCGCAGAUGCAGCCAGAGAGUAUCGUUUGCAAGGAUGGGAUGCAUAUUUAGCUAAGACUUCCUAGAACAAUUUUUCCAUUAGCUUUGAUAACAACGCCUCUACCCAAUGAAUGCCAGUUUCUUCUACUUUUCCUUUUGGCUGGAGUUCCUUUCCCUACAUGCUUUUGCUUGCAGGGACUUGGAGGAGAUAUCUAUUUAAGAGAAAGCACUACUGAGUCAGCUUUCAAAUAGUUUUAACCUAUUUUCAGGUCUAGGAAUAAAUGGAAAAAUUAAUAAUCAGUUUGAGGUUUUUCAGUUGUAACCUGUGAGCAUUGCUAUGUGUUCUAUGUAAUCCUUUGGGUUAAUCAUGACAAUGAAAUAGUUUUAGCAGAUUUCUUUUUUACCCAUGAGCUUAAGUUACAAGUUGAGUUCUUGUUUGUAUCUA